GCAACUCUUUUUUGAAUGUUUUCUGAAUCGUCUGCCUUGUUUUCUGUUUUCCAGGUUGGAGAAAGGCAGAGGGUUCUGGUGACAGAAGAAUCCUUUGAUUCCAACUACUAUGUUGCUCACAAUCCAUUCUAUGAGCAGGUUCUGGUGCCAAAGGAUCCUAUGUUAAUGGGUAAAAUGGUAGAAGUGAAUAUUUAUGAAGCUGGGAAACAUUUUAUGAAGGGGCAGCCUGUGUCAGAUGCCAGAGUUUAUGCUGCAUCCAUCGCAAGACCAUUAGCAAAAGGAGAAGUUUCUGGUUUAACAGAGGAGUUCAGGCAUGCACGGAAUGGCACAAAGUGGAAAGCACGUCCAUCUGCUGAGAUCCCAGUGAAAGCAGCACUCAUCCCCUGGAUGGCUUUGCAUCUCCCAUGGCACCAAGAAGGAAGUGGACUGAAGAUACUGUCUGUCAGCCUGGCUCUACUGGCAUUUCUUGCUAUGGUUUACUAUGGAGGAGUUAAAAGAGAACUGUGAAUUGAGUGCGGUUUUCAUAAUAAAAAAUAAAAUUGCUGUUUAAAAUCUUCAGAGAAAACACUUAGACCAACAAUUCUCUCUCUCUUAAAAAGGUAAAAAGUGAUAUAAAUUGGGCAAUAAUUUCUACUCACUCUAUGCCUUUCCUGUCAUUCAUAGGAGAGAAUGCUAAUAAGCUCUGGGAGACCUGAAGUUUGAGAUCUUUGUUUGGCAGAGAAGUUUAUUGUAUCUUUCUUCCUCUUCGUUUUUCUAAAAUGAUGCAAUGUUUGCAUUGCUUACUCUUUUUGUAACUGCCGUGGCAGGUUGAAUUGUGUGCAGAAAACUCAUAAAGCUUUUAAUAAAUCCUUCAAUUGAAUCUUGUUGCCAAUCUUUUAUGUGCAGAACAUUUACAGCUUCCUUAAAGAUUUUGCUUAAUGCAGUGUGAUAUGUAUCUUUUUACAUUAGAAUCAAACGCUGCUCGGCCAUUAAAAUUCAUCAUUUGUUGCUAUUGA